CUUCACGUGACUCGGACCUCGCUUCUUUCGGGGGUUCACCAGUGUCGGCCGUGGUGGAGUGAGACCGCCGGCGAUGCCACCCAGCAAGUGGGACGAGGUCCCGCCGGAACACCGAAGUAUGGAACUGGAGCCACAGCCCCCAAGGGAGACGAUGUCGGCGAAUCCAGGGAUGCUUUUGAAAGCAGGAAGCAGUGACCAUGCCGGCGCCUCGCCCUCGCUGGAAGAGAUGCUGAACCGGCUCCACCGGGACAUCAUGCAGCGCUUCGAUCAGCAGGCUGUGGGUUUGGAAGGUCGUGUCCCCAGUUUUGGACCCAUGUCAAGACAUGAGGACAGCAUGCUGCACCAAGUCUCCAGCCGUGUCUCGACUCCCGCAGUGCGAAAGGCAGCUAUGCCGGUGAUCCAGAUGGCCAGCAACAGCGAGGCAAGCGGCACGAGCUCAGUGGGGAAAAGCCCUGGCUCGGGCUCCAACUCGUUGUCCUCCUGGGCAGCGGAGGACAACCCGCGGAAGAGCACCAGCAAGAGGAGCAACCGGAGUGGCAAGAAGAAACCGACGCUCUUCAGCACCUUCACCCAGUUCGACCUUGGGAAGAAGGCGACGGCCAUGAAUGCCGAAGAGACUUAUGCCUCCGAAGACCCGGCAUCGAUGGAGUUCAAGGAGCCUUGGGCGAAGAGGUUCGUGGGCAAUCCCAGAUUUGAUGCUUUCUUUGCACUGGUGGUGAUCACCAACUCCAUAUUCAUCGGCGUGGACGUGCAGAUCAACCCCUCUGCGUAUGGGCUCAGGCAAACGCCCAUCAUGAUUUUUCAGGGCAUUUAUACAUUCCUUUUCACCUUAGAGUUGAUCUUCCGCUUUGCGGCCUAUGGGAAGCAGCUCUUUUGUGGAUCUGAGUGGGCGUGGGGUGCCUUGGAUGUCUUCAUCGUCUUUAGCUCUUGGUGGGAGGUCUUUGUGGACGUUUGGUAUAUGCUCAGCCCGGACGAAAGUCAAUUCGAUUCCUUUGGAGGCUUAACGGGCUUGAAGGCCUUCCGCAUCGUCCGCCUGACGCGGAUCGUGAAGACGGUGCGCCUCAUGCGGAUCUUCCGCUUCGUCUUGGCCUUAAGGACCUUGAUCCAUUCGAUCCUGCACACCCUGAAAUCGCUCUUUUGGGCGCUGGUGCUGCUGGUCCUCAUCGUCUACGUCUUUGCGUUAAUUUUUACCCAAUCCGUGGCCGAUCACCGCAUGGAGUACGAGUUGCCUCCAGCUCAUGACGAGGCCAGCCUGGUCUACUUUGGCAGUUUGCUCACCACGAUGCUCAGCCUGUUCAUGACCGUGACGGACGGCGUGAGUUGGGAGAAGGUCAUUGCACCGCUGGAGGCCAUCUCCCCGGUGUGGGCCUUCUUCUUCCUCUUCUACGUAGCCUUUACCUACUUCGCGGUAUUAAAUGUCUUGACCGGCGUCUUCUGUCAAAGUGCCAUUGAAAGCGCGCAGAACGAUCACGCCACAGCGGUGCAGUCGAUGAUUGCCAAUAAAGAGGCACAUCUGACGAAGGUCCGGCUGCUCUUCAACCAGCUGGGCAGCGACGAGAACUCGGUGAUCACCUUCCGGCAGUUCGAAGAGAAGAUCAAUAGCGACGAAGUGCGAGAGUACUUCGAGACAUUGGGCCUUGACGUUUGGGACGCCUGGAGCUUCUUCAAGCUUUUGGAUCGAGACGGUGGCGGCUCAGUCGAGAUCGAAGAAUUCUUGAAAGGAUGCCUCCGCUUCCGGGGUCAAGCGCGUGCCAUUGACAUUGGUCAGCUGAUCCAUGAUCAGGAGUGGCUGAUCAAGAAUCAAGGACGCUUCCAGACGUAUAUGGAGUUGGAGCUGGGAAAGCUGAAGAAGCAGCUCACUGCACUGACGGCCGUCUUAGCCAACGUCCCGGUGGCCUUCCCUGAGUCGCCCAACCUCCGCGACUCCCCCGGCGUGGGAGCAGCGCGCGGAGCACCGCCGGGGGGUCUGCGCAAGGCCUUGGAGGAGGCGGUGGCGAACAAAUCACCCCCGCUGCUACCUGACGCGCCCGUGAAGGAGCCAUCUCGAGUCAGCUUGGAAUAGUGGAUAACCACAACGAAGUCGUGUGUGUGGGUGAACAAAGGCACUGGCUCCGGAAGACAGGGACAACAAAAACAGC